AUGCACCCCAGCCGCGGCUUCAUCCUGCUCCUCCUCAACGGAACCGCGUGCUUGGUGGCCCUGGGUCAGGAAGAUGAGUCCUCCAACCCCAAAAGCUCUUCAGACGACUCCUCCAAGACGUUGGGCCUCCUGGGCGAGCAGGCUCCCCUCUCGCCCCUGAGCCGCUGGAUGCUUCACAGUAAGAGCAGAGCUGCUAAUGACACCUCUCUGGAGCUGCCCUACCGCUCCCCGCUCCCUUUCUCCAAGCAGGAAUUUUCUAAACAGGAGUUCUGGGAGAUGUUGGGCAGCGACCUGCUCAAGCCAGAUGCCUCCAGCUCCAGGGUCAAACGUCGGCCGAUUGUUAAGACCGGCAAGUUCAAGAAGAUGUUUGGCUGGGGAGACUUCUAUUCCAACAUCAAGACAGUGAGGCUCAACCUGCUGAUCACCGGCAAGAUUGUGGACCAUGGUAACGGCACGUUCAGCGUAUACUUCCGCCAUAACUCCACAGGCCAGGGCAACAUCUCAGUCAGCCUGGUGCCACCAGUCAAGGCGGUGGAGUUUGACCUGGAGCGCCAGAGUGUGGUCUACCCUAAGGACUCCAAGAUCUUCAACUGCCGCGUGGACUAUGAGAAGGUGGAUCGCAGCAAGCGCACCUCGCUGUGCAACUACGACCCGUCCAAGACCUGCUUCCAGGAGCAGAUUCAGAGCCAUGUGUCCUGGAUUUGCUCCAAGCCUUUCAAGGUCAUCUGCAUCUAUAUAUCCUUCUACAGUACGGACUACCGCCUGGUGCAGAAGGUUUGCCCGGACUACAACUACCAUAACGAGAUGCCCUACCUGCCCUCGGGCUAG